AUGGCUGUCCCCAACAUCAAGCUGAAUAGCGGCUUCGACAUGCCCCAAGUGGGCUUCGGUCUGUGGAAGGUCGACAACGCCAUCGCUGCCGACACUGUUUACGAGGCCAUCAAGGCCGGCUACCGUCUGUUUGACGGCGCCUGCGACUACGGCAACGAGGUCGAGUGUGGCGAGGGCGUCGCCCGCGCCAUCAAGGAGGGCAUCGUCAAGCGCGAGGAGCUCUUCAUCGUCUCUAAGCUCUGGAACACCUUCCACGAUGGCCCCCGCGUAGAGCCCAUCGUCAAGAAGCAGCUCGCCGACUGGGGCGUCGACUACUUCGACCUUUACCUCAUCCACUUCCCGGUCGCCCUCGAGUACGUCGACCCCUCGGUCCGAUACCCUCCCGGCUGGCACUACGACGGCAAGUCCGAGAUCCGCCCCUCUAAGGCUUCCAUCCAGGAGACCUGGACCGCCUUCGAGAGCCUUGUCGAGAAGGGCCUCACCAGGAGCAUCGGCGUCUCCAACUUCCAGGGCCAGCUGCUCUAUGACCUCCUCCGCUACGCCAAGAUCCCCCCCGCCACCCUUCAGAUCGAGCACCACCCCUACCUCGUCCAGCCUGACCUGGUCAAGCUGGCCGCCAACGAGGGUAUCGCCGUCACAGCCUACUCCUCCUUUGGCCCCGCUUCCUUCAAGGAGUUCAACAUGGAGCACGCCACCGACUUCGUCCCCCUCUUCGAAGAGCCUACCAUCACCGCUAUUGCCAAGAAGCACAACAAGGAGCCUUCUCAGGUCCUCCUCCGCUGGGCCACCCAGCGCGGCCUCGCCGUCAUCCCUAAGACCAGCCGCAAGAACAUCCUGGCCCAGAACCUGGCCGUCACCGACUUCGACCUCGAGCAGACCGACAUUGAUAAGAUCAGCGCCCUCGACAGGAAGACUCGCUUCAACCAGCCCGCCAACUACUUCUCCACUGAGAAGCUUUGGAUCUUUGGUUAA